UGAGACACGUAUCUUUUUGUUCAGAUUUCAGACUUCUAUUUUGGGGUUUUAAAAGAUAAAAUUGUAGACUUUUCUUGAAUAUUUCUUUUCUUGAUUUUGCCUUCUUUAUUCGAAUAACUAUCUUGAAAACGCUGGUAUCUUUGGAAACAGUCUCUCUGUCAUUCCGACAGUGUUAAAGUUUGCCGACAUUCCACCCUCCGGUCCCAGACCAAUAUUUUUUGUUACGGGUGAGAUUUACUGGGCCAGAGUUCUGUGACUUGAAAGUUCUUGUUCAAAGCAGUUAAAAAUGGCCUCAAACUCCUCAUGCAAACCCCCUAUGAAAGCUACAUCGGAAGGGGUGUUUCAAGGAAACAACCCUCUUGAUUUCGCACUCCCUCUUGUGAUCAUACAAAUAUGUUUGGUUCUCGUGCUCACUCGCGUUCUCGCCUACCUUUUGAAACCGUUACGACAGCCUCGAGUCAUUGCCGAAAUCAUUGGUGGAAUUUUACUGGGUCCGUCUGCUCUAGGGCGAAACACAAACUACCUACACGCGGUUUUUCCUAAAAGGAGUCUACCGGUUUUGGACACGUUAGCCAAUAUCGGGCUUUUGUUCUUUCUGUUCCUGGUGGGGCUCGAGCUCGACUUAAAGUCUCUUAGACGGACCGGGAAAAAAGCGCUGUCUAUAGCAAUGGCGGGAAUCUCGCUCCCUUUCGUGUUAGGAAUCGGUGUUUCCUUUGUCCUCCGUGGGUCAAUCAACGAAGGGGUCAGCCCAGGCCCGUUUAUCGUGUUCAUGGGUGUCGCGAUGUCCAUCACCGCUUUCCCUGUACUAGCGCGUAUCCUAGCGGAACUCAAGCUUUUAACCACGGAUGUCGGUAAGAUGGCCAUGUCAGCAGCCGCGGUUAACGACAUAGCGGCUUGGAUAUUACUCGCACUAGCCGUAGCACUUUCGGGCACCGGCCGGUCUCCAAUAGUGGCUCUAUGGGUUUUCUUGAGUGGUUCGGCUUUCAUCGUGUUAUGUUCGUUUGUCGUCCCACCAGUUUUCAAAUGGAUGGCUCGUAGGUGCCCGGAAGGUGAGCCCGUGGACGAGCUCUACGUUUGCGCCACUUUAGGGGUGGUUUUGGCAGCGGGUUUCGUGACCGAUACAAUCGGGAUUCAUGCGCUUUUCGGGGCUUUUGUGGUGGGUGUUCUCAUCCCGAAAGAAGGUGCUUUCGCAGGGGCGUUAGUCGAAAAAGUUGAGGAUCUUGUUUCGGGACUAUUCCUACCACUUUACUUUGUGUCAAGCGGUUUAAAAACCGAUGUGGCAUCGAUCAAAGGGGCCGAAUCUUGGGGCUUACUCGUGUUGGUCAUUUGCGCCGCUUGUUUCGGGAAGAUCGCGGGCACUGUCGGGGUUUCGAUGAUGUGUAAAAUACCCUUUAGUGAGGCUCUUGCUCUUGGUCUCCUGAUGAACACUAAAGGGUUGGUUGAACUCAUUGUUCUUAACAUUGGAAAAGACCGUGGGGUGCUAAAUGAUCAAACAUUUGCUAUAUUGGUUUUGAUGGCUCUUGUGACAACAUUCAUCACGACGCCUUCAGUGAUCGCGGUGUAUAAGCCCGCGAAAAAGCUAGCAAAAUCGGAAUACAAACACCGAACGAUUUACAGGAAGGGGUUUGCAACGAGCCCGUUUCGUAUGUUCUUCACUUUCCACGGGAUCCGAAACCUACCAACAAUGAUUAAUCUGAUCGAAGCCUCACGUGGGACCGGAAAGAAGGAGACGCUUACGGUUCACGCUAUGCACCUCAUGGAGCUCAGCGAGCGGUCUUCGGCUAUGCUCAUGGUUCACAAGGCUAGGAAAAAUGGGUCCCCGUUUUGGAAGAAAGAUCCGCAGGCUGGUUCGGACCAGAUCGUGGUUGCGUUCGAGACGUUUCAGCAGCUGAGUAAGGUCUCGAUCCGGCCCACAACCGCCAUUUCGGCUGUAUCGAGUAUGCAUGAAGAUAUCUGUAACGGGGCCGAGAGUAAGAAGGCGACUAUGAUCAUCCUCCCGUUUCAUAAGCAUCUGCGGCUCGAUGGUCAUCUCGAGGUGACCCGAGCCGAAUAUAGGCAUGUUAACCGAAAGGUUUUGGAACACGCACCGUGUUCGGUUAGUAUCUUAGUGGACCGCGGGUUUGGUGGGAGUUCACAUGUUUCCGCGAGUAACGUUGACUCGCUUGUGACAGUUUUGUUCUUCGGUGGUCAGGAUGACCACGAGGCUUUAGCUUACGGAGCCCGUAUGGCAGAGCACCCGGGGAUCAACUUAGUGGUGGUCCGGUUCCUUCUAGAGCGUGAUGCGACCCACUCCGGCUCGGUUACCGUCGAUAUCGAUGAGUUUCCUAGCAGCAUUGAAGAAGCAAUGUCGAUGGAUGACGACGUGAUUGCGGAAUGUAAGGAGAAGAUGUUAAAGGACAGCAAGAACAAAUACGUCGAGCGAGUGGUUAAGAGUUCCACCGAGGCGAUCGAGGCGAUUCGUGAACAUAGCCGGUGCAACUUGGUUUUGGUCGGGAGGAUGCCCGAAGGCGAGCUGGUGGCAUCGAUGAGGAAAAGAAGCGAGUGCCCGGAGAUGGGGCCCGUCGGGAACCUUUUGAUCUCGCCGGAGAUGAACGUAGCGGCCUCGGUGUUGGUGGUCCAGCAGUACCAUACCAAUCUUUCAAUGCAUUCUCUGGCUUCUUUGAAAGAGGAUGAAACCACUGACCAAGGGGAUGAUGAUUCCAAUUAACAUGUGGUAUAAUGUUGAGCGGCCCGGUCUGCUGUUGAAUGCAGACCGGGCCGCUAUCUUCUAGUUGUAUAAAAUACAAAUAAAGUGGGAGGACGGAAUUGUGUUAACGGGUUACAUUUGAUGGCUUCAUGAUGAUGAGUUUAUGUAAAUCCUUUCUUUUCUGAAUCUUCAACUAGACUGUAAUUAUGCACGAAAAGUUGUAUAUAUUUUAUAUUUGUGCUUUGCAUAAUUGCAACAUGAUACCAUUUUUUUUUAAAUUAAA